AGGGUCUCAAUGUUCCAUGCUCCUUGACUGUUCAAGCCUCAUUGACUGGCGUUAUCGGCAUUUCCAACUCUCAUUGUACCUUUCGAAUUUGUUUGCUUAUUGUAUGCCAUCAUGGAUGCUCACAUCUCUCCCCCGCGGUCGGUUGCUCCUUCCUUACAUCCUCAACAACUCACUCCUACCUCCAAGAAACGCAACUACGACGGUGAACUGGUCAAUCAUUCUUCCUCUAUCACGCCACCUGUAGAACUACGAAGCACUCCCCGCACAGGAACUCGCUCACGAUCUGUGUCUCCUGCUCUCAGUGCAGCCAGUACUCCCCUGACCGAGCUGGGAUCCACGCCAGUACUCAGCCCCUCGAAGUCUGACAUGGCGUCUUCUGAUUCCAAAAAGCGGAAGCUUACAUUUGCCGAACGGGAAGUCGAAAAGGCCCUGAAGAAGCAAGAGAAAGAAGAGAAGGAUCGGCAGAAAGCAGAGGCGAAGGCCAAAAAAGAGGAAGAGAAACAGCGCAAAGAAGAGGAAAAGAAGGCCAAAGAUGCUGCAAGGGAAGAGAAGCAACGUCAAAGGGAUGCCAUCAAGGCUGAAAAAGAAGCCGAAAAGGAACGAAGGGCUGCUGAGAUAUUGAAGAAGGAGAGGGCUCAAAUGCGCAUUGGUGCCUUCUUCGGCCGCCCUGGUCCAACGUCAACGCCCCCAGCGAGUCCGGACGAUGUUACUCUUGGGACUCGUAGUCGACGAUCCUCUACUGCGUCAAUUGAUAUGGAGCCGCCAUCGCUUGAGAUCAAGGCCCGAGAACCAGCAAACCCUGAAUAUACCAAAUGGAUCCUGCCGUUUUUCAUCAACGAUCAUAUGGAACUGGCCCCAUUCAAUCGUUUCCACUCCAAGUCGACUGUGGGAGACACACUGCCGCUGAAACAGGACGCCAAACAUGAGAAGCUCGAUGGACGAUUCCACAAACGCAGACGACGGACGGAAUUCAAACCAGUAAAGGCAUUAUUGGAGGGAAUCAGUGGCACUUCCAAUCCACCGAUUGACCUGACAGAGACCAGAGAUGCCCUCGCGUCACUCCCGUACAAAUAUCUCUUCUUCGUGCAAGACGUUCGCCCGGCAUAUCAGGGAACAUACACCAGAGCUGUGCCACCGCGAUCCGCUCGCAAGCUUGCGAUUAAUCCAUCUCAUCGCGGCUUACCAGACACCAACUAUGACUAUGACAGCGAGGCUGAGUGGCAAGAGCCCGAGGAGGGGGAUGACGACCUUAUGGAUGAAGACGAGAAAUCAGAAGAUGAAGAUGGAGAUGAGGAUAUGGACGAUUUCCUAGACGACGAAGGCGACAUUCUAAAGCGACAAACAGUCUCGGAAAUGGAGCCGAAAUCCACCGGAUUAUGCUGGGAAGGUGUGGAGGUGUCGCCUCAAGGUCUCGAUCUCUCCGUCUAUCGCAUUGAUGUCCUGCACGACUCAACAACUUUCCCGAUCGAUCCCUUUUCGACAAAGCACUGGUCCGACACUGGCAAGACCAGCCCAGUGAAGCGAGAGAAGGCACAGCCAACGGUUACACAAGCCCCCAUGCAGCCUCCACGAUUACCACUUAUGGCAGUCGAUCCAAACAGCGGAAACUUGACACCACCUUCUGCACAAUCUGGUUCUAUGUCUGCUGUUAUCAAGACCGACAACAAAUCAACGCAGUCCAAGGCCAACAAAUCCGCAAAGCCAGUCAAGUUGAUCGACGUUAGCCUUCUGCCUGCUUUCAAGGAUGCCGUCUCAGGCAGCGCCCUGACAAAGCUUGGUUUAGUUGAAAUUCUGAAGCAGAAAUUCCCGAAGUGUCCCAAAGACGCCAUCAAGAAUACGUUAGAAGCCAUUGCUGCGAGGCAAGGCACGAAGGAGGCUGACAAGAAGUGGGUGUUGAUUGAAUGAUGUCCCAGCAGUGAAUGAUCCCGAAGGUAGAAGGCGAUGGAAGCAUUCUUUGCGCUUUGGCAUUUCACAAAAGGAUGACGAAGAUGAGGAUGCACUGUCCCAAAAGUGCAAAUGAAGAUGGUUACCCCGUUCCGGCUGAACAAAACCACUGUAUAGUGGCAGGAGGUAUUCGUGUAGCGAAUUAAUUGUGAUGCAUUAGCAUGCCAG